AUGCGAUUCUCUACUGCUUCAGCUGUUCUCGGCUUGCCGUUGUUAGCAGCCGCAGAUGCCCCUGACUAUCAAGCUCAGUUUGAUAACUACUUGGGCCAGGCCCAGAGCGUUUUGGGAAAGUUCGCCUCUAAGAUUCCUCAUCCUAAAAAAUUUGAUCCUGUCGCUGCUGCUGAAGCUAAGGCUGGCGCCUUGAAUAUAGACAUCUUGUCUUUGGAUAACUGGAAGGACACCCUUUAUGGACCCGUGAAGCCAGACACUACAACUCCCGAGGAGUGGUGGGUUUUGAUCACAGGUGGAAACAAGACUUGUUUUGGCCACUGCGGAAGGAUCGAGACUGCAUUCAACGAAACUGCUGGGAAGUGGGCUCUGACACCAGGUUCUCCUCAUACCGCUCUCCUAAACUGCGAAGACCAGCCUGUUCUUUGCAACUCCUGGUCCGCCCCGGUCGGUGCGCUGUGGAUCUUCGAGAUACUUCCCGAACCUGCGCCUGUUAACAUAUGGACGAAGCGAUUCAACAUGACAACUGUCACUUCUGAUGAUAUUGUCGAGCUGCAGCAGGAGGGCUACAAAUCCGCCGCCCACUUGCAUGAUGGCUUCUUCCAUCCUUUCAAUGGCCCUCUAGCCAAGAAUGGCCUUGCAGCUCCAGUUGGGUGGGUUCUCUGGGUUUUCAACCUUCUCCCCAGCUGGGCGUUUAUGAUCCUCGUUUCUAUUUUCAGCAGGAGCAUGAUGAGCAACCGCUUGAACCAACAAAUGGAUGGCGGCCGACGACCUCCUACUGCCGGCCAAGCUGCUCCCCGAAGAUAA